AGCGCCGAGAAGUGGCGGAAGGCCCCGGGAAAGCGGCGGGUCUGACUGGGUGGCCGUUGCUCUCGCCUGUAGCACCCAAAACAAACAAUGUGAAUGUGCAAUCCAAGAUGCAGCGAAGUAAAGGAGGAACCCAAGGGAGAGGCGUGAAAUUGAAGCCAGUUCUGCCGACAGUGAAACGACCCCCAGAAAAGGGCCCCACAGAAAAACCUUUGACUGGGAGGGUCUUUUACCUGGAUAUCCCUUCAAAACUUAUAUGUGAAAAGUUAGAAAAGGAUAUUAAAGAGCUUGGAGGGACUGUUGAAGGUUUUCUCAGUAAAGAAAUUAGUUAUCUGAUCACUAGCAAAAAGGAAGCAAAGUGCACAAAGCCUUUAAAGUAUUCAUGUUCCUUGUCAAGUCCUGAGCCUGCCCAGAAUGCAGAAAGUAGUUCAGCUCGGCCAGGAAGUCACCGGGGAGGAAUCCAGGAAGGGGGCUCCAGUAAGAAACCAGAAAAGGAUGAUGUAAGCCGUGGAAAGUCUUUGCUCAAAAAGGUUAUCAAAGGACAGGAAAUUCUUCAGAAAAACAGCAUAUUGGCUAAUGCCUGGAACUGGGGAGUCCGAAUUCUGCAUGUGGAUGAGGCAAAAAUAUAUAUAGAACAGAAGAAGAGAUUGUUUCAACAAGCGAAACAACCCGAAGCAGCUUCUAAACCAGUGGUUAAACAACCAGUGCGACGAAAAGCAAAAGCACAAAAAUUGAAGAGUCCGUACAUCAAGGUGGAAGACAGCAGCUGCCAGUACAGACCUCUCUAUCUAGUGCUUCCAUGCUUCCGAUCUUUCCAGUCGCCUCCUUCUAAGCCGUGUCAGUCUGUGGAGAAGAAAGCCGCAACUGCUAAUAAAGCAACGGAGACGAAGCAAGGUUUAAACAAAACUUGGCACGGACAAGAUGGUGGAAACAAUUCACAGUGUAAAAUGAGGGAGCAGAAGAAGCGUGGAUACUGUGAAUGUUGUUUACAGAAAUACGAUGAUCUUGAAGCUCAUCUUGUAAGUCAGCCACACAAAAACUUUUCUCAGGGUCCUUAUUAUCAAGACGUGGAUAAUCUCAUCUCCAUGUUUGAUUUUGACUUUGUGGAUUGGUCAAUUUACAGACAAGAUGCUAGAAGCUCUGCGAUGUUGAUGCCGACUGUGACUGUGAAGUGGGAAGAAAAGGAAAUUACGGAAAGGCAUCUGCAGAGUUACCAAAAAAUCUCUUCAUCUGUUAAACAGACACCUGAGACCAUACAGAGGACUGAGUCUGAGGCUCCACUUGCUGCUGCUGCUGACGGUCUUGUCAACAAUCACAUUCAGAGCCCUGAACCUAUGGAAUCUAGUAUUUGCCCCGUUCAGACUGUGGACAAUGCCAGUGCAACGGACUCUGGUGACAUCCCUCCUGGAACGCCUGCCUUCCUCCCAAUUACUGACAACUCCCCGAUCCCUGCAGGUGAACCCAUAACUGUGUGCGAUCAGGAUUGUAUGCAAACCACCACCCAUAGCCUAGAGCAUACCCCACGACGAUUAACUUUUGGUCUAUCGGUGGUUGCCACAGCUAUCCAGAAAUGUUCGCCCGAGCAUGGAGAGGGCUGUCCCAGCAAAAAGAUUAAAUUGGAUGGUUCCUUGGUUUCUGGAACUUUGUACUCUGAACCUGUGGAUGCUGAUCAUGUGACCAGUCCAAAACCAGUAAUGGACACUGUACCUGGGGUUUUGGAGACGACUGGUCUAUCAAACCAUUCAGGUGCGUUCCGUGACCAAAGUCCUCCCAGCUCCCCCAGCAAACUGCAAAGAAAGGUUAAACAGUCGGUGCGCAAGCCAAGAAAACAGGAGGACCUCCAUGUCACACCUGUAUGUAAGGUGUCUGUUCCAGUGGAAGAAUCUGAAUGGAGUUCAUCCAGGGAAAGGCUUCUAUCAAUAUUUGAGACAAGUGAGGUGCAGUCUGAGUUCUGUGGCUUUUCUUACAAAUCUGAGAAUUUACCUCGUGGUGUGAACCUCAAAAAGGAGUCGCCGUCUUCCGGAGGCGACUUUCAUUGGUGCUUGUUUUCAACCACGAGUUCUUCUGCCGAGACAUUUCAUGGGUUUUAA